AUGGCGGCGACUGCGGCCGGUGUGGGCCGAUUAGAGGAAGAGGCGUUGCGGCGAAAGGAACGGCUGAAGGCGCUACGGGAGAAAACCGGACGCAAGGACAAGGAAGAUGGGGAGCCAAGCACCAAGCAGCUCAGAGAAGGGGAGGAGGAAGGCGAGAAGCACAGGGAACUCAGGCUGCGGAACUACGUCCCAGAGGAUGAGGACCUGAAGAAGAGGAGGGUGCCCCAGGCCAAGCCAGUUGCGGUGGAAGAGAAGGUGAAGGAGCAGCUGGAGGCCGCCAAACCAGAGCCGGUCAUCGAGGAAGUGGACCUGGCCAACCUCGCACCCCGGAAGCCGGAUUGGGACCUCAAGAGAGAUGUGGCCAAGAAACUGGAGAAGCUGGAGAAGCGGACCCAGAGGGCCAUCGCUGAGCUGAUCCGUGAGAGGCUGAAGGGCCAGGAGGAGAACCUGGCCUCCGCAGUGGCCACCACCACCGCCUCCGAGCAAGAGCCCUGUGACUCUGACUGA